AUGACCCAGAGGUAUGCCGAUACCAUAGACAAGACGCGGCUGGAUUCCAUGCCUGAAUCCACCGAGGUCGUUGUCAUGGUCGACAAAGACGAUAAUGAGAUAGGGACUUGCACGAGGAAGGAAAUGCGUCAAUUCAACAAGUGGCACAGAGCUACAAGUACAAUCAUUCUAUCAAACCCCGAUGAACCUACCAUCUAUUAUCAAGUGAGAGACGACCAAAAAGACUACUGCCCGGGCUAUUAUGACCUGGGUUUUGGCGGGGUAGUCACGAUUGGGGAAUCCUAUCUGGACUGCGCACUAAGAGAGACCAGGGAUGAAUCCGGCAUCGAUUUCUCUGAAAACGAUUUGGUAGAAGUUGCCUAUAUAGCGAGGGAUGAUGAGCACGUCAGGUGCCACUACAAGGUGUAUGUUUAUUCACUGUUUUCCUCUCUCGAUAGCAAGCAUAUCGUAAAACAGGUGGCACUUUAUGACGGAACUCCAGCAACCAAUGAAUCUGAACGGGAAGAUGCAAGGUGCAUCAAAACUGCUCUGCUAUCGGAUGUGGACAAGCUCAUGGAGCAACACAACUUCACGAAGGCCUGCGAGCUCUUGGUGGGGCCGCUCAAACGUUUCGUCGAGGAGGGAGGGCUGGCCAAACUGGCAGACUCGACUAAGAAGUAG